UUGGCGAUUUAUUUGUUUUAAAUAAUCGAUUGUUAUUAUAAAUGAUAUAUCAAAGCUAUUUUACGUUUCUACAGGCAAAAUGACGUCAUACUUGUGAGAACUUUAAGUAAUUUUACAUUUCACAUGUUAGUGGCAGCUCUACAGCGGCCAUUGUCGUCGGCAAAAUUAGAAACAUUUCUAAUUUGGCGACAACGACAACUACAAGCCUGUUGUCGCGUAGUCGUGCUGUUGUCAAAAAAUCUGUGCAUAUAAGAACGCGAGUAUUUUAAUAUUUGACAGAUGUCGCUCGUCGCUUGUCGUCUUCUAUGUGUUCAGCACAUAAGAAUUGCCGCAACAAAAAUUGCCUGUGUGAAGGGGGUCUUACUGCUUCAUCUAGGAGUAGAGAAGAGAAUCGCAAAUACAAACAAAGGAAAUCACGAACAGUGAAUAGAGCACGAAAUAUUCGAUUUCGUAAUUUUUCUUUGUUUGUGCACAACAUCUGAAUUAAAAGCAAACAUAUACAAGACAUUUUGGAUUUUUUCAUUUAAUGGUAAAAGUGUUAAAAUCAGUAAGAACUUGAAACCAAUAUAUUAACUAGCUUCACAAGAGAAUGAGAUAUAAAUCUCCAAAUUUCUGAAAAGAGGAAGCUUGUACUUGGGAAAUAUUAGGUAAAAAUUUUAAUAAAAACCGGAUUGAUAAUAUAUAAAUAGCUCCCUUGGAGUAAAGUGCUGUUUUUAGCACUUCUUCCGCCGAGAGUUUUACAAGGAAGAUGUCUGCGGAUUCACCACGGCGACAGUCGCGGGGCAUAGCCGCGCCUGCAGUUGUGCCGCCUCAAGUUGUAAGCGAUCGUUCAAUUUUAGACUCUGCUUUCGGAUUCAUUAGCGAUGUUACACUAGUAGCCCAUCAGUCACAUACUGAGCCCAAAGAUACAAUUAUUUGGGCACGGUUUGAAACGGCUGCCGAUAUAAGUGAUCCAUGUUUUGGUACAGAUUGGGAAAUGGAGGGGAGUGCAGCACCACCGUUACUUUUAUUAUUAGGCUACGGUCUUGGCGUUCAAGUAUGGGCUAUACCUGCUAACGGUGAGGCUAUUGAAGUGCUUUCAUGGCGUCAUGGUGUGGUCUCAACUUUACGAGUUCUGCCGACACCGAUCUUAGUGCGAUCCGCGAACGAACAUGGGCGUGCUGAUGAGGCAAUAGAUAUUUAUGCCGAAAAAAGGCCUAUUAUUGCAUUGGUGGACAGCAGUGCAGCAUCCUCGCAGCUGCAGUUUUGUACAGUUAAUUUUGUUUCUCUUAAAACUGGAAAGCAAGUGAAGACGAUUAAAUUUAAAAACGCAGUUCUGGACGUACUGGCCAAUCGCUCUUCUGUUGUGAUUGUAUUCCAUGAGCGUAUAGCUGUUUUUGAUGCCCGAACUUUAGAGGAUCGGCUAUCAAUAACCACAUGUUAUCCGAGUCCUGGCAUCAAUCCAAAUCCCGUCGCUUUGGGUCAACGCUGGCUGGCCUAUGCUGAGCACAGGCUAAUUCCGUCAAAGCGCAGUGCUGGAGGCUGGGAUGGUGAGGGUGUAGCCAGUUACACAGCCACUGUAUUAAAUGCUGCAAAAUCGUUUGGAAAAGGGUUGCGAGAGCUUGGUGAACAGGUGGCAGCAGGAUUGACUGGAACGUCAAGUAGCGGCAGUAUAUCGAAAAAUAGUAGUUUUGAUUCCAUUACUGGCGUGGAAGCCAAACAAGCUGGCAUUGUUACGAUAAUGGAUAUAGAGAAGACUAUUAAUGACUACAGCCCCACGUCAACAACAUCUGCUACUGGCGGCGUUGGUGAUGAGCCUAUAAUAGCACAUUUUGUCGCUCACGCAGAAGCUAUUGUCGCAAUGGAGUUUGAUAAUUCAGGCAUGCUAUUACUUACCGCUGAUCGUCGUGGUCAUGAUUUCCACGUUUUCCGAAUCCAGCCACAUCCCGCAAGCCCGAAUUUAGCAGCGGUACAUCAUUUAUAUGUACUACAUAGGGGUGAUACUAGUGCAAAGGUGCAAAACAUUACCUUUUCUCUAGAUUCACGUUGGGUAGCGGUUUCAACAUUAAGAGGAACUACUCAUGUAUUUCCAAUUACACCCUACGGUGGUCCAAUGGGAGUGCGAACACAUACAUCUCUACAUGUUGUCAAUAAGCUGUCACGAUUUCAUCGCUCCGCGGGCCUAUCAGCAGAAGGUCGUUCAAAUUCUCCAAUUUCACAUUCAGAAAGUACCACUUUUAUGCAAUCUCUACAACCUUACCACAAUACAACUCUACCACCAUUUCCACGUCCCACAAUAGUUCAAGCUUUAGCUCAACUUCGACAGCCAUUCGCACUCGGAUCACCCCCCGGAUCCGCCGGACUUGUUAUGCCCGGUAAAAUCGGUGUAGGUAAUAGUGGUACAUCUACUGCUUCACAACGUCAAAGACACUCUUCCCUAUCUGAUGAUAAUGGAAAACCUUUGAGCGUUUGUGCCAUUUUUGCGAAAUCGCGUUCAUGGUUACUUGAACCACCUAAUGUCACUCGAGAAGCAUCGCAUCGUAUGCAGCGUAAAUCUGUUGAUUCACUUUUUGUUAUGGCUGGACACGGUGCUCUUAUACAAUACGAUUUGGAUACAAAACUUGCAUCAAAUAUUGCCAAAGAUAAAAUUUGUGAUGACACUCCAAUUGAAUUGGAAGUGGAGGCUAAAGCUCAAUGGAACCUUGGUAGGCGAAGGGAUGGAUCUCAUGAGUUGGCACCUCCGUUAGAAAAUGAUAAUUGGCUUAUAAAGGACAGAAACUUAUGUUUAUUGGAUAGCAUACGUCAUUAUGAUGAAUUGGAGCAAAAAUCUGAAAGUUGGGUAUCUCAAGUAGAAAUAAUAACACACGCCGGUCCACAUCGUCGUCUCUGGAUGGGACCACAAUGUGUAUUCAAAACGUAUAACACUCCCAGUGGCUCCAAUUUGAACCAUGUUGAUGUUGAGGCUGUUGAAAUAGGGGUAUCGAAGUCCACAAAUUCAGCAUCAGCAAUUCGUUCGCAUCCAUUGAGUAUGCCUGUAACUGCAGCAGCACGAUGCACUUUGCCGGUGCUCAUUGAAUCUGGCUCAUAUAGUAGUGUAGAGCAAAGCCCGAAGCUGAUGGAUCGUUUUCGUCACGAACACUUGGAUUCUGAUUUUGCUAUGGCGCAUGGUGAUUCUCGAUUGAAGGAGGACCUGGCCGAUGCUAUGCGUGAAUCACCAUCUGUGUCCGAUGAUCGGAAAAAUACAUGUCGAUUAGCGUCUGGGGUUACUUCGUCUGAUAAUGUUCCCUUCUAUGAUGCCCGCGCAGAUCCUGACAUUGGUGAAGACGAUUCUGAUAACAGCCUAAAAGCCAUGGCUUCAUAUCCCUCCUCUCUCACUUCGACGUCAGGAACGUUGACUGCAUUGGGUACUUGGAAUUUGGUUUCUGAUGUCGAUCACGACAAAUAUAAAAACUUUCAACUAAGCUGUGAUGAAAAUAAGAAAAUUUCUGAGAUCCAAAAAUCGUCUACACCCUCAGUAGAAAAAGUUGUGAAUCCUCUGGGGACGGUAACAACAGUUUUUUCAGGCAUUUCGACUGAAGUAAAAAGAGACAUUCUGGAUGAAGUUGUAUCGCAACUAGCAGCUGAAGAGAGUAUUAUACACGAGAAUUGUGAUGAAUCUUUGUUUCGCCCCGUUGUGGCGAUCUUGUGUGACAAAAAUAUCCACCAAGCAGUGGGAAAGACUGUAGACAGUGAAAAUGAAGAAUUUUGCAAGCCGCCUGAAUUAAUAAAAAAUAAACUAAUUGUGCCGGUUAUAGCGAAAGAAGUAGAUGCUGAACUAAGCAAAAGGGAGAGAAACCAGAAAAGUGGACGAAUCAAAACUCAAAAUAUGAAGAAAUUAAAUUUGAGCCCAACAGAAAGUAAUAAGUCAACUAGCGAUAUUAUAAUAAAUGAAACUAGGAAUAUUCAGCAAAAUGUGAAAUCUGACCUUGGAUGUAUGGUAGAACUGGUUCAUGAUAAUAAUGUAAACAAAUGUAACACCUCUAAUGGUUUAAAUUUAUGUGACACUACGAACAGAACCGAAUCGAAAAAAAACCUUAAAAGCCUGUCAUCGGUUAAGGAAGAGGUCAUAGAAUUUAAACGAAUGACACCUUUACCUGUUGUGAAAAUUAGAAAUAAACAUAUUUCAGACGAUAGAGAACUCCUUAAGGGCCAAUUAUCUCAAAUCGAAAACGAAACCAAAAAUAAGGAUCUAAAAUCAUCUGCAACAAAAAAAUCCAAAAAAUUAUGUUCUCUCAAGGAUAAUCCACAACUUAAUCAAAAUAAAUCAGAAAAUAGGAGCAACAUGGUAACUUUUACCAAUCUUACAAAAUCAACUGAUUUACCAGAUACAUCAAAAAUAAAUACUCUACUCGGAGAAGUCGGAAAUAAUAGCAACAAUAUUGUAACGUUGACAAAAAAUAAUAUUAAGUGUGACAAAUUAAAUAAAGAGACCGAGUUUAAACUAGACAUUGCAAUAGAGGCUGGAUGUACGAACAAAACACACGAGAAGAAAGACAUUAAUAGAAACCCCAGGAAAGUAAUUGAAAAGACACAUGCCAACGAAAAUGAUGAUGAAAGCACAUCUUUUGUUAACAAAAUUGAAAAAAACGUAACUAUGAAUAUUACAAAAAACCAAAAAGACUCAUUAAAAAAGAAAAAUGAUAACGAAAUAUCAAAAAAUGAGAUAAUUUCCGCCAACUUAGAUGAAGUAAAAGGAAAUUUGUCAUUUGUUCAGUCGAACUCUGAAAUUUGUGAAAGUCCUCAAUUUACGAAACCAAAUAAUUCAGUAUGGAAGACUGUAAAUAGUGACGACUUAAAAUCUAAAGUGCAGUCAGUCGAUAACUACCCAAGUUUGGGUACAGUUGGUAAAACCAAAAAAACGGUUAAAAUAAAGGAGAUAAUGUCAGAACAAAAAGAAAAUAUUAUUACCGAUUCGUCAACACAUUUGAAACCUAUUGCGAAUUCAUGCACUGGCACAGCCGGUUAUACAAAAAUGAGUGCUAAAAGUAAGGAAAACGUCAAAGAAAAUAGUGAAAUUGAUUCAUCUAAUCAACUGGAACCUAUAGGGAAAGACCAAAUUAAAAAUACACCUAAAGAUCAAAAUAAUAGCGACAGCAAAUGGUCAUUCGAUGGAUUUCCUUCCCUACAACCACUAGAGUCAUUGCCACCUUUACCCACAUUGGAAAACAUCGACAAUUAUCCAUAUUGUUCAAUUUUAAUGGAAAAAGAAAAUAAAUCAGCUACAAAGGGCAAAGAUAUGGCCGAACAAUUAAGUUUGAUUAAUUUUGAUAGCCCACUGCAGGAAAAUCCUAAACAAGAUGGAAAAAUACCCUUACUUCCAAAAGCGCUUAGCCAACAAAAUUUAAUUUUCGCUUUAUGUGGAUCAUUGCACUGUGAAAAUGACAGUAUCUGUGAUGAAGAAAAAUUGUCAAAAGAAUAUCAAGUAACUUUCAAUUCGGAGAUGGGAGACGCAACAACACCAGACUAUAAGUUACUUAACGAUGGCGAAGAUCAAUAUUUGAGUUUGGAACAUAGUUCCCAAGAAACUAACACUACCAACACAGGAACAACAAAUGAUAAAUCAUUAAGUUCAGCAAAUUCUUCUACCUCAGAGGAAAUUGUUGUUAUCGAAGAGAAAAAACUGAGUAAAAAACAAAAGCGAAAAAGACAACAAGCAGAUGCAAACAAACAAAAGGAAGAUGUUGCCACUUUCGAAGACGAUGAUGAGUUACGCCCAUUAAUUACAACAAUAAAAUCUGAUUUAGAUUCCGUGACAGCAAAAACUAAAAUUACUUCCUGUUCUUUGUCUGGUUUAAACAAAAUAGAUAAACAAAAGUCAAAUGACAACAUCAUUGCUCGUGUAUCCCCAAAUACAACAACCGAUAGUGAAGGGCCCGUCCCGGCUACCACUUCAGAUGACAAUGGUUUCGUUUUACCAACAAAUAAUGCAAUCAUUAAUGUUCCCAUAAAACUAAAAACAAAGAGACUGGAACAUAAAAUAAACCUUAUGGCUGCGAUUGAUGCUGCGACGUCAUCGUCUACAUCGUCUGCGGAAGAAAGCAACUUGGAAAUGGAGAACCGAAAAGCUGGUUCCGAUCAAGAUGUGCCUGUCCUUGGAAUGAGUACAUCAGAAAUGCAAACAACUUUAACUAAUAUAAAUGUAGUUCCACCGUCAUGUACAACAAAGAAGAAAACUAAGCGACGCAAGAGAUAAGAAUUAGUCUUCGCUUUGUUUUGUAUAUUGUGUGUAGUUAUUACGUUCUAUAUAUAUGUAUAAUGCUUGCUACAAUGACAAUGGUGAUGAUUGAAAAAAUUUUAUCACAGACGCUGUUAGCUGGAAUACAAAAGCGUUAUUCUAAAAAAUAAAAGUAUAUGGUUAAACUUAUUUUUGAAAGGCUAGUUUGCCCUUAUGGAUAAUAUUAACAUAAUGUUAAUCAUGUCUGAGAAUGCAUUUACAUACAUCCUAAUCACCGAUUCUUACAAUAAAUAUAAGAUUAUGGCGUAUCGCUAUAUGUUUCCCUUCGAGUAAACACAGGAACAGAAGAAAACCGGCCACUGCCACUGUAAAUUCCUCCCGAAUUAUUAAAACUUCGCCGACUAAUUGAUACCAUCCUAUGCACAAUACAUAAAUAGAGGAAAUACGUUUCAUAAAGUGUUUCCCGAUUUUUAAGACAGUGAGCAUUGUUGUUUUUAACUUUAUUAACAUAAAAACAAUGUUUCCAUUCUCAAUUAUAUGUUAAACAUCCUCUUUAUAUGCUCUGUCUAUUCUUACACGUGUUCGUCAAUACUGAUGUAAUUUACACAAUUUUCAUUAUUAUCCAGAAUAGUAACCAAAUCAUUUUUUCUGUAACUUAAACUUUGGGAAGCAAUUUUUUUAUUUUGCUGGUCUUUAUUUGCCGUUAAACUUCAUAUAUGUAAGGUCAUAAAGUGAUUUUUUAUGUUAUUGCUAUGUACAUCGUGUUAAAGAAAAUGGGUGCUAGUUAGAUUUAUUUAAAUAUUACAGGAGAGGCAAAUCGGUGGCCUUUUCUACUUAGCAAAUAAUAACGAUACAAGUUUUAUCUAAUUUGUGUCGCUCAUCAUACAUCCAAUUCUGUUAUACUUCAAAUAUUUUCAUAAGGUACGCCAUAAUCCGGUGAUAUGUGUAUGUAAUUGAUAUUUGUUGAGACACAAUAGUAUUGUGAAAGAUACAUAUAUAUUUUAGAAUGCAAUUGUAAAUAGUUUAAUCCUCUGUAAUAUCAAACAGAUUUUACUUAAUCCAAAAUAAAACAACAUAUAAGUUAAUUGUAUUCAAAUCUGUACAACUAAUUUAGAUCUACAGUUAUGUGAAAAAUAAUAAGGACAGUGUCCUAGUGUAGAUGAAGUCAAUGUCCAUCUAGAAAUGUGAGGGAAUCAAAGACAACUAAUAAAGCAAAUUUAUUGGCAGCAUAUUCAAAUUAAAUGUUUCUUUUUAUUUUACGAAGAUUUAGCAAAGCUUUGUAUUUUUUUUUUUUUAAUUUGCCGUUUUUGACAUGUGAAAAAUAAUAAGGACACCUUCAGUUUUCUAAAAAAAUAACAAUAUUAAACAAAAAAAAAAAGAAACUAGGCUACCUUCAAUUGUGUUAAUAUUCGUUUCAAAUUAGUUUAAUAGGUUUUUUGAAUAUCCGUGGUUGUUUAAAUUGGAUCCACAUCGCUUCGGCAUGGAGUAAACUAGGUUUUAGCAGAUUAAAACCGGAAAUGCGUUCCAGAAUUCUGAAAAUUGCCAAAGCUUAUAUUAUUCAUUGGGAACUUUCCUUUCAUUGUAUUUCACUGUAUUCCACAAAAUUUUCUAUGGAAUAUAGAUCCGAAGAUUUCGUUGACUAUAUUGAAGUUGUUGACCUCCAACCGCUCUUUUGUACACUUAGCCGUGAGUUUUGGGUCGUUGUCUUAAUAAAUUAUUCGCCUAUGUGCCAUAUUAUCUUCAAAUUUUUUAAAAUGUUCUCGGGUUUUUGGAUAUCACGGCUUACCCUUUCGCAUAUUUUUCAAUAAUGAAAAUAAUCGGGUUCUAAUUGAUUGAUAUUGAAACUUAAAGUAUUAGUCUUUGAAAAUAAACGCGUUUUACUACAAAUACUUUCGUUAUUAUAUUGAAACGACACGCUGUCCUUAUUAAAACGCACACCCGUAUUUUGAUCUUGUUGAACAAAAAAUGGCUGGUUACGAAAUGUGUGCAAAAACUUUAAAAUUUUCUAACGGAAUUUGUUUUUAUAAAUAUUGUACAAUUGAAUUGAAGUUUACUUUUUAUUCAUCCCUGUCCUUAUUAUUUUAAAGCAACUAUUGAAGGUAUGUAUAUUGUAGUGAUGAGCGAUAUUUCACCACCGGUGAUUUUUUCACUGUGAUUGAAAAAUCGCAUAUAACAAUUUUUGUAAAUAGCAGUGAUUUAUAGCUCAGUUUUUGAGUUCGAUCACAGUACAUAUAGGAGAUCAGUAAUUCUAAUUCGAUCACUGUAGCAAUAGCAGUUCGGAGAGUAGCAAUCACAGUUCAGUAAUCACAGUAGCAAUUUUAGUUGCGAUUUCGAUCAUUUUGGUUACGGUGAUUACAAAAGCAGUUAAAUGUUCCUAAUUUUACAUUUUAAGUACAAAUUCUCAUAAAUUCGUUUAUUUGUUGCGAUCGCAAUAGCAAUAUAAAAUCACAGUGAUUUAAAAAUAGCAAUCACUGAAAUCACAGUGAUUCAAAAAUAGCAAUAUAUUAAAAAUAGCAGUAUAUUGAAUGAAAAUUCAACUCCACUACUACUUUUUGUAUACACAACGCUUAUUGUGCAGUGGCUCACUGCCAAAAUGAUGCAGCAACGAAAUGAAAAAUCGCUUAGUAAAAAAUCAUGUUUAUGUUUCGAAAUUAAAAACUGUUACUAAUUUAUUGAUUAGGUACAUACAAUCGAACAGUUAUAUAAGCCUGCAAGCUUCUGGAAUACCGUAAUUUUUGGAGAUCAGAGUAAUAACAACCUCUUUAUAUCGGAUAGAAAUAGAUAUGUAUGGACAAAACCAAUUGCUGAGCUACAAACGCAAAAUUUACGUAGUACCGUAAAACAUGAUGGCGAGCAUGUAAUGGUGUGGGGAUGCAUGUCCUGGUGUCGGAAACUUGGAAUUCAUCGAUUGUACUAUGUACAAGAGUGUGUAUCUGGACAUUUUGAAACGAAAUUUGCUACAAAAUGCCGCAAAAUUAAAUACUUUUGAUAACAUUCGGUACUAUUAAAAUAAAGGUCCGAAGCUCAAAUUCGGAGUUGUGCAAAGUUGGCUUAUUUGGAACUGUCCACAUAGUACAAACACCAGAUUUGAAUGCAAUUGAGAAUCUGUGGUCGUUUAGGAACGAGACAUGUGAAAAUACCAAAUUAGAAAUAAAGCCGACUUGAAAAACGCACUGCAAACAGAACGGAAUAAAAUUGUUCCAAACUAUACAAAGAAAUUGGUAGAACCCAUGCUGAAACGUAAGAAAGCAGUUAUUGAUAGUAAGGGGCAUCCCACAAAGUGCAAUAUAUUUGGUUUUUUGUAACUACAUCAUUUUCGCUGUGAGGUGCAAUAUUAUACUGUAGUUUGUUUUUGUUGUAGAUAAAUAAAAUAACUAUAAAAUCUGAUUUUUCUCUCGAUAAUACUUGCUUUAGUAUUUCUUGUGCGGUACGGUCUACUGUAUAAAUCUUAAUUAUCAACUAGAGUGCAGCAUUACUACUUAAGCCACUUCCUUGGCUAAAUCAAGAAAUUCUAUUGAAAUGAAGAAAUCCGAUUAAAAUUGGUGACAGGACACCAAUCACGACAUCUGACUUUCCAUUGUUACAGUGAAGAAGUCCUACACCGUCGUAUCUUGCUUUCGUCUGCCCAAAGAAUUUUUCAUUUAUUUCUUAAGUAGCAAGUGAGAAUGAAAUUUUUUCAUCUAUUUUUUCCGUUUCGAUUCGUAACUCAAGAAAAUGUUAAUAACAUAAUAUAACAUAUAAUAUAAAUAAUUGUAUCCUUAUAUCUAUAUAUUAUAUUUAGAAAUUUAUGACUGUUAUACAUAGUAAAUAACUGGUUUAUAAACAGGUAUUUCACUCACGUCCAUAUAAAGGUCAUGCAAGGCUGAAGAACUUUAUAUAUUGUAUAUCCAAUGUAUUUAAAAAUAAUUUAUAUUCCCUUUUAUUUUAGGCUUAGGCGCUGUUAACACUGCAGUAACAACUUCGAUUAGUGCCAGCAAUGCUGAUAUCGUCGAUCAAAAUAAUAGCUCAA